GCCAAUAUGUCUUCAAGGGAACCAUUGUGGUAUUGCCACGAAUGCCAUGCAGAAAUGAGGCCGCUCAUGCUUCCAGAUCCACAUUGUGCGUCAUGUCAUGGCACGUUCGUCGAGAAGAUCGAGGGCGAUGCAGACGACCCGCGAGCCUUCCAGGCCUCUGGACCAGUCUAUGAUGAUGGGUCCCCCAGUCCCGGAUUUGACAACUUCUUACUCAAUAUGGCCCAGCUCUUCAACCCUGGAGGACCAUCCCGCCAGCCGACAGGCCCGUUCGAUACAUCGACAUCUACUACGGGAAGACCAAGCAGUCCAGAGCGGCAAACUCUAGGAGGGCCAGGAUUCAGGAUUGAAAUUAAUCGGAGUGCACCUGGACGUGGUGGCACGCGCAAUUUUGUCUUAGGAGGGCCUCCUACUCUCGGCAAUAGUAGAAGUGACAGCUCACGGCAUGAAAUCAACGUUGUUAGGAACGAUGAGAAUGCCUCCAUCGCGGGACCUUUGAUGGCACAGUACCUCUUGAGUAUGCUCGCUAGUCGGUCACCUGGAGGUAUCCGAGGCGACCCAUUUGGCGGCCUUGGUGUUAAUUUUGGGGAAGGAGCUGAAAGUGGUCGAUGGGGCGAUUAUGUGUUCAACCAAGAAGCACUGGAUCAGAUUAUCACCCAAAUUAUGGAGAAUUCCAAUUCUUCCCGCCCAGUACCUGCAACAGAAGAAAUCAUGUCGAAGUUGGAACGUCAGGUGCUGGAGGAAGGCUCCCCAUUACUAGAACGGGACUGCGCUGUGUGCAAAGAGCAGUUCUCUCUUGGAACCGAAGAUCCUGAUGAACAGGUGGUGGUCACCUUGCCUUGCAAACACCCGUUCCAUGAUGGCUGCAUCACCCCUUGGUUGAAAUCCAGCGGAACAUGUCCAGUCUGCCGACAUCAACUCAUUCCCCAACCUGAACAUCACCCACCCGAACCAGGAUCGUCGAGCAGUUCUUCUCGUCCCAGCAGCCCCGGCCGCCAAUCCGGGAACGCAGGAAGUUCUGGUCAAGGCGGCAGUGGCGGUGGCGUUUUCGGCUCGCUCUUCAACAUCAUGAGCGGCGGAAACCAUGGAAGCAGUGGCGGAAGCAACAAUAGCAGUUCGUCCGGCGGUUCUGCGAGAUCCCUCCGUCGCUCGUCAGGUGACCGUCAAGAGGAAGACAUACCCGGUGGCUGGUGGGAAUGAUUUUGGUCUCGAUUCAGUUUGGAUUUCGAAGAAAUGGAUUGCACGGUCUGGUGACACAUUUUUGUAGACUUGUAUCUUAGCUCGCACUGGUUAUGUACGACUCGAAGUGAUAUCUUGAUAUAUGUACAGUACCUUCCCUUCCAAGCGCUUGCUGAGCGUG